GAUUUUCUCUCUCAAUCUUCCCCCCUUCUCUCUACCCUCACUCCCCGUUCCCCACUCUCUCUCUCCCCCGUUUCCGAAACCUUCGAACUUCCCCUCCUCCCUUUCUCGUCUCCUUGCCGCCGUCUUGACUAUGACGGUUCUCCGGUCACGAGUCAUACCUCCGGUGGCCGCCGAGCCCUCUCCCAAGAAACCCAAAAGAUCGGCCGAAAUCGACCCCUCCACGCCCCCGUCCGCCCCGGAUGAAGUGGUGGGCACUCCCCCGUCUCCAAGCCUGGCGCCUUCCCCGGAUGCCCGCGCCCCCCGCUCCGGCCCCUCGCUUCCACUGCCGCGGCGGAGCCUCCGACUCGCUUCUGGAGCGCGGAGUGGAGGAGCCUUCGAGGGGCCGCUGCCGCCGCCUCCUGCUCCUUACGGGUCCUGUCCGUCGAAGGACGAAGGUGCAGGGGAAGGCUCGUUGACCGCUGAGGAUGCGAAGGCGAUGAAACUGGGCGUAGGAUGGAGCGGUCGCAGUGGGAGAGGUAAGAAGAAACCGGGGGUUGAUGCUACUUUGGUUGAUUCUCCUGGGCUUAUGAGUUUGAGGUCCGGGAAGAGUGAUGCUAAGAGAGUGGGGGACUCCGGGGCUGCCCGUGGUUUCGCUGAGAGUUCGGUUAUUGCCUUUGAAGUGGGAGGAAACGAUGCUGUAGUGUUGGGUCGGGUCGUUGGAGAGGCCGCCAGUAAAGUGGAGAAUAAAGAGAAAGGCUCGGGUUCUCCUUUGGUCGGUUCGCCGGGUAGUAGGAUGACUUUGAGGAGUGCAGAGAAAGGGAAGGGUAAGGCAGACGAACACAAGAUUAUUGAUUUAGUUCCCAGAGCUUCUGGUGCUGAAAGUGGUAGCACUAGGGGUAAAGUGAAGUAUAGUGCAGUAGAGAAAGGGAAAGGAAAGAUGGUAAAGGAUGAUAAUAUGCGAUCUGAUAAUAUUGAUAUUAUAGAUUUGGAAUUGGGGUUGAAGCAAUUGGGUCAGAAAUUGGAGAGUUAUGGUAGGGAAUUGGAGAAUAUGCGUUCUGAUGAUUCUACCCGUGCAACGGAUAAUGCCGCAAAACAGGUUCAGACGCGGAGUAAGAGGGCUAGAGAGAAAGUAGGUGAGUCGAGUUCAGUGGAUAUUAGGGGAAGAUUCAGAGAUAUCGCUAGGCAAAAUGCGUCGAGGUUUGCACAUUUUCAUCCAGAUGAUGAGGUGGCCAAUGACUUGCCGGCUGAGGCAGCAAGAAACGUGAAUGAGGUACCGAGAGAAGCAACCCCAGAGCCUGAAAAUUGGCCUGGUCCGUUCUCCACUGCCAUGAAGAUUAUUAGAGACCGAGCAGCAAAAAUGUCCUCUCAGCAGAGCAGCUCUACCUUGAAUAAAAGCAAAUCAGCCAUCACAUGGGUUCCAAAUGGGGAAGGGCGUACUCGAACGAAGCGCUUUGUUCCUUCUCUGCUGGAACUAUGCUUGAAGGUUCUAGCAGCUAACGCUGAUGCGAUCACUUCACUUGAUGGGGUGCCUGAUUUGCAAAGGCACAAACUUAGUCAGCUGUUAUGUGAUUCCCGCAAAAUGAACAAGCAAUUCUUUGACCUUCUUGUUGGUGGAUCCCCUACUGAGAUACGCGUGAAAGAUAGCUCAUGGCUUACCGAGGAAGACCUGACUGAUUCUUUUAGGCAAUGUGAUGCGACUAAUUUAACGGUGCUACAACUUGACCAGUGUGGACGCUGUCUGCCUGACUACAUUAUAUCUUCUUCCAUUUCUCGGUCAGCCAAUUGCUGUCCUGUCCUGUCUACCGUAUCAAUUACAGGGGCUUGCCGUCUCACUGAUGGUGGAUUAACUACACUUAUUUCAUCUGCUCCGGCACUUAGGUCCAUUAAUCUCAGUCAGUGCUCCCUUCUCACUAACGGCAGCAUUGAAACUUUGGCAAAUCACCUGGGAUCAUCUCUGAGGGAAUUGUAUUUAAAUGACUGCCAGAGCAUUGAUGCAAUGCUCAUGCUUCCUGCUUUGAAGAAGCUUGAACAUCUGCAGGUGUUGUCGGUGGGCGGAAUUUCAUCUCUUUCUGAUGACUUUGUCAGAGAAUUCAUUGCUCUACGAGGUCAUGGCAUCAGGGAACUUGUUUUGAGUGAUUGCACGAACUUGACUGAUGCUUCCGUGAAAGCCAUCGCAGACACAUGUCCUGGGUUACUCGCUCUUAACCUUGUCAACCUGACCAAUUUGACAGAUUCUACUGUUGGAUAUCUUGCCAAUGGCUGUCAGGCAAUUGAAAAACUGAUACUUUGCCGCAAUAACUUCAGUGAUGAAGCGAUUGCUGCAUUCUUGGAAACUUCUGGAGAACAUCUGCAAGAACUUUCGCUCAAUAAUAUUAAGAAGGUUGGCCCUAACACAGCAAUAUCAAUAGCCAAAGGAGCUAGGAAGUUGCGGAGCCUCGAUCUAUCUUGGUGCCGGAAUAUGGCAGAUGAAGCCUUGGGUUUGAUUGUUGAUAGCUGCUCAUGCCUUAGAGAACUGAGAGUUUUUGGGUGUACUCAGAUCUCAGAUGCCUUUCUCAAUGGUCAUUCGAAUGAAGAGGUGCAAAUAAUUGGUCUGAAAAUGGCUCCGAUUUUGGGGCACUGCAGGGUGUCCCUUCCUCAAAACCCAUUGAAGUAUUCUUGAACAAUAUGCUGGACUCGGAGGCAAGAUUCAUUUUUUAUCGUGCUUUAACGGGAAGCGAGCUGGGAUUGGAUAAAAAAGCCCUACUUCCUGCAACGUCUUACUUCUACCUAAAUCUCAUAGAAAACAGUUACUCCGACUGACCUUUACAAAAUGAAAUUGCUUAUUCUGCAUUUUGCCUAUAUCAUAUAGAUAGGUAGGGAAAUUAAAUGCUGGUUGAAUAUGCAUUGCCUUUGGAAGAUGGAACGAUACUGAAGUGCAAAGGUCUACAAUUUCUAAACAUGUCUUACUCAUACUAACCUGAUGAUUAACUGUGUUAGAUUCUAAAGUGUUACUAUAAUUGAGUGCGAGUAAUCUGUGGGAGAGCAAUGUUGCUCGAGAGUUGUGUUCUGGUCUUUCACAGCAGGCUGAACGCAGCUUCUUUGCUUAAGAAUGGGCCAUCCAGUCGAGGUCAAGAUGGUCCCCAGAGCUAUUUUGAUUUGUUCGUUAAAUAACGCCUAGAACUUCAUCUAUAUAUAAAAUUAUAUGUUUCUUUUAAUUUA